AGAGAACUCUAUGGUCACCUAGCUUUUUAUAGGAAGGGAGCAUAGACAACCAUGAAAAGUGUAUUUUUCUAACAAUAUAUAAUGCGGUCUUCGUUCUGUGGAUGCGCAAAUGGAGCAGUCUGUAAAAAAUAAAUAAAUAGGAUUUCACCCUGGAACCAUCGGCUUCAAGGCAGGGUCACUACCUUCUAGGCCAGACCGGUCGUCGGUCUAUUGAUAGAUGAAAACCACAUGUAAAACUCUUCGUCCAGACUAGUCGUCUUUGGAAUUCACUCCCUCUAAAUAUUAGACAAGCUCCAACCUGAAGAUGCAGAAGUAAUGACAUGGAAUAACCAAGGAGCAUUUCUUGAUGCAACAGUUCGCAGUGAAUUAUUAAAACGCUACCCAGUUAAAAACGAGUUCUCUAAACUUUUUUUCAAGAAACUGAUCGGUUUUAUUGAACCUUAUCAAGAAAUUCACGACGAUAUUUACGAAUUCUUGUGCUCAGCAAUGAAAAGUGAAAGCUCAGGCAUGUUUUGCUACCGUCACUAUGUUAUUGGCGAUAGCCUUCGAGAUAUUAUUACAAUAAAGGAAACUAAUAACAUGGUUGUGAAUGGGACCACUGGAAUGCGAACUUGGGAGGUAAAUUAUCAGCCUGUUAAGGCUGCUCUGAUGCUAGCAGACUGGGCGUUAUGCAAUAAAAAUAUAUUUUUAAAUAAAAAAGUAUUAGAACUUGGUUCUGGAGUUGGUUUUACUGGAAUCACCAUAGCAAAACACUGUAAAAUCAAGUCUAUAGUUUUAACUGAUUGUCAUGAUGAUGUAUUGAAAGCAAUAAAGGAAAAUAUUAUUAUUAAUUUUCCUGAUUCCAGUGGUGCAAAAAUGAACGACUUAUCUGGUUCAGAGAGAAAUUGUCAGUCAAAUAUAGAAGCGAUGAUGUUGGAUUGGAAUGAUGACCAUGAAAUGCCUAGUCACUUUUUGCCAGAAGUUGUAAUUGGAGCAGACAUAGUAUAUGACCCUUCAAUUCUACAACCACUUUGUAAUGUAUUACGAAGGUUAUUUGUCAAGAAUGUUGAAUUAGAAGUAUACAUUGCUAGCGUUAUCCGCAAUGAAGACACUUUUAAUGAGUUUCGAAAAACAUUGGAUAAUAAUGAGUUUACGUUUAUUGAAAUUUCAUUGGAGUGCAGCGAAUUAAUUGAUUGGGACUACAACAAUAAACAUAGAUGUUUAUUAAAAAUAAUAAGAAAUAAAAACAUUGAAGUAUAUUUUUGCUCUUUAUUUCCCGUCUCACUAUUAAAUGAAAUUAAAUUCAGGCAUACCAUACCUAUAUAAACACAUAUGUGUAAG